AUGCACAGGGCCAGGUUCUCUGCAAUCUGUCAGGCUGGAAUGUUCUUACUCCCAGUGUCUAAGAUAAGAGCAGGAAUGUGGGAAUGGAGGAAACUGAGAACAAAAGAUGACUGAGCUUCAUUGCACGUGACUGGUCAGCUCAUCCGGUGGAAAGAUGGAGACCGUGGUAAUCGUAGCUAUUGGUGUCCUGGCUACUAUCUUUCUGGCUUCCUUUGUGGCUUUGGUUGUGGUCUGCAGGCAACGCUACUGCCGAACGAAAAACCUUCUCACACACUACAACAACAAGCCAACUGUGGAUUUAAUUGGAGCAAUGGAAACCCAGUCUGAACCUUCAGACCUGGAACUGGACGAUGUUGUGAUCACAAACCCACAAAUUGAGGCAAUUUUGGAAGAUGAAGACUGGAUUGAAGAUGCAUCUGGCCUUGUGUCUCAUUGCAUCUCUAUUCUAAAGAUAUGCCAUACACUGACCGAAAAGCUGGUUGCUAUGACCAUGGGGUCAGGUGCUAAAAUGAAGACUUCCUCCAGUUUGAGCGAUAUUAUUAUUGUUGCAAAGAGAAUCAGUCCAAGAGUUGAUGACGUGGUCCGUUCCAUGUAUCCUCCUCUGGAUCCGAAACUACUUGAUGCAAGGACCACUGCUCUUCUGCUGUCGGUAAGCCAUCUUGUUUUAGUGACAAAAAAUGCCUGUCACCUAACAGUUGGCAUGGAUUGGAUCGAUCGGUCUCUUUCGGAUGCUGAAGAACAUAUGCAAGUCCUCCGAGAAGCUGCGAUGGCCACUGAACCUGAACGAGUGAUCACAGGAGCAGAUAACUUUCUGCAAGAGCAGUCUACGAUAUAGCGUCCUGGAUGGGGAUGGCAGUCCAGCAACCCCAAAAAUGCUUCUCUUUAGUAGCCUUAACUUUCAAGAUUUCUCUCAUAGAGUCUCUCUAGGACAGUAGAUCACUUGCGAGAACCGAAAGGUGUCCUUUACAGGUAGACACUGGUCCACAGGCUCCUUAAAGGGGUAUUCCACUGGCCAGCGUUCGUGAGUAAAUGUUCCGAACGCUGUUUUUGCCCUGCAGGGGUCGGCCAUGCCCCUAGUGACUUCCUGGCUCCAAAAAGUUAAACAGAUUUGUAAGUUACUUUUAUUUAAAAAAAAUCUUAAUCCUUUCAGUACUUAUGAGCUGCUGAAGUUGAGUUGUUCUUUUCUGUCUAAGUGCUGACACCUGUCUCGUGAACUGUCCAGAGUAGAAUCAAACCCCCCAUUGCAAACCUCCUCUACUCUGUGCAGUUCCCGAGACAAGCAGAGAUGUCAGCAGAGAGCACUGUUGCCAGACAGAAAAGAGCAACUCAACUUCAGCAGCUGA